GGUUCUACCCCCCCCCCGUCUAUCUUUCAGUUUCGUCGCGAAUUUUUUUUAUCGGUGGUCCCUUCUGGUAGCGCUCGGUACAUCGACGGUACAGUAACGGAGCCGUGAGACACUCGAGUCUUGUUCCUAGCAGCGGACACGGAGAUCGAUCGCCAUUUUAACCGCACGUUCCCCCUGACAGACGCGCGAGCACAACAAUGGCUCUGAAGAGAAUCCACAAGGAGUUGAACGACUUGGCACGGGACCCUCCAGCCCAGUGUUCCGCAGGCCCAGUAGGAGAUGACAUGUUUCACUGGCAAGCCACAAUAAUGGGACCUAAUGACAGUCCUUACCAGAGCGGGGUUUUCUUCUUGACCAUACACUUCCCCACAGACUACCCCUUCAAACCGCCAAAGGUUGCAUUUACCACAAGAAUCUACCACCCAAAUAUCAACAGCAACGGCAGCAUUUGUCUUGACAUUCUGCGAUCACAGUGGUCUCCGGCUCUCACCAUCUCCAAAGUCCUCCUGUCCAUCUGCUCUCUGCUGUGUGACCCAAACCCGGACGACCCCUUAGUACCCGAGAUCGCCCGCAUCUACAAGACGGACAGGGAAAAGUACAACAGAAUAGCUCGGGAAUGGACACAAAAGUAUGCAAUGUAGUGUUGGGUUAGAAUCAUGGCCAACCACCUCUACGACAUAAGGUUAGGGGAGCUUCAGACGUAAAGAGAAAACAAACAAAAACCAUUCAAACAAAUGAAAAGUUUAAAACAAGAUCUUGUUGGUUUCCGUUGGAGUGCUUUCUUUGAGCCACGCCUCCCCUUCACCAGAGUACCUGUAAAACUCCCUCUGCCCCACCUCCUCUCUCCCCCUCUCUCUCUCCCUCUCGCUCUCUCUCUCUCUCUCUCUCUCUCUCUCCCUUUUUGUUUGACUCUGUCUCCCUUCCCCUCCCGCCUCUCAGCUCACUUGCCCUCCCUCCAGUGUACAUAUUGUCAGCUUGCAAUGGUAACACCAAACUCUCCCUGCUCCUUUUUCACCUCCUCCCUCCCUUGUGACCUCUGACCCCCAUCGCCCUGACUUCAGUAUUCUGUUACAUGUUGUCACCAAGCAGGUGGGGCGUCCCCUUCCCCCCCCACUCCUUUUUUUUUUUUUUUUUUUUUUUUUUUUUUCCUUCCACUCACCUGCAUCCUCACCCCCUCCCCUUCCCCAGACGUUAAUCCUUAGACGCAUUCCUUUGAGCAUCUGUAAAACUUGGAGGGUACCUUUUCUUUUUUUUUUUUUUUUCUCCUUUAUUUCCCUAAUUAUUUAGGGGAGUGGGGGACAGUAGGAUUUUUACACUCUGCACCCUUUCUUGUUUUGUCGCCUUUUAUAAUUCCCAUCCGUAGAGGUGACAAUCCAAGAAAGCCAUUUGUUUUGGCAUGAGUCGGAGGGCACUCUGUAUUUUAUAUAAUGAGUACUUAAAAGAAAUCAUUGCAGGCUAUGUAAAAUGAAAAAAAAAAAAAAAAAAAAGUGCACAUGGCCUAUUUUGGUGUUCUGUUGGAUUCUAUGAAAGGACUUGGAUUUAUCCCCAUACCUCCUGCUCCUAACUCCCCCUUCCCACCCCCCACCCCCAACCAAGAUGACCCCUUUGUACACACACAUAGACACACAUGCACGCACAAUUGUAACCCCCCAUGUCACCCCCACCACUACCACCAACUUUUCUUUACUCACAAAGUGGAGGUUUUGGACCAGGUAUUUAAGCAAUUUAUUUUUCUUAGUUUAACCUGUGUUUUUUAUCUCCCCUCCCUGCCCCCUCCCCCUCCCCCCCCAUAACUCUUUAGGUUGCUAUUUUUUUUUCUCCUGUUAUUUUUUUGGUUUCUCUUUUUGUUUUUUGUUUUUUUUGCUAUUGUUAAAUUAGAGGCUAACAUCUUAAAUGGCUAUGGGACUGGCUUGGGCUCUGGGUGCGAGGAGAACCCACUCUUCUUGCACAAAACCUCUGUAUAUUGAAUUACCUGAGAGGCUCGUUGAGCUUUGUGUGUUGAUUAAACUGUGUAAUAAAAACCCAUUAUUCCUG